UAAUUUGGGUAAGCAAAGUGCUAGAAUUCAGUUAUCUGCCAUAUUUUCGUUCCUCGGUUGGUUUCAUCCCAAUUCAUUGAAAUACACAGCAGACGAGGCAUCAUUCAACUUAAUUCGAAAAUCAUAUCAGUGGGAAGAAGAAGAAGAAGGAAGAAGAAGAAGAAAGAAGAAGAAGAAAUAGUAAUGGAGGAAACGAAACUUAGAUCAGUAGCAAUUGUGGUGGUUUGUUUGAUGCUGGGGAUGGUUGUGAAGGAUUCCACGGCCUACGAUAAGCAGAAGUAUGAAAGUUGCUUCAGCCUCUGUUGUCUGGAUUCCUUCCAGCCUGCAUUUUCGUGCUCCCUCAAGUGCUUGAAAAAAGCCAUGAAGCCCAUAGUCAAUGAAAAUGAACUCGGUAACCACGCAAAGGAACGCUAUAACGCCUGCAGGCUUAGGUGUGCUGAGCAGCAGUGCUCCAAAAUCAGCACCAGAGGAAACCCAAAUGGAGAUCAAGUGGGUGCUUGUUUGGGUACUUGCUCGCAGGAAUGCAGGCCGAAACGUCCUCAAGGGCCUCUCUAGAGUUUGGUUUCUGGUUGCUGUGACCCAAAUAAUUACACAGGAGUGCCCAGAAAUCGUAUAUUAUCGAAAGAUGUCCUGAAUAAUUACCAUAUGGAACUACUUAUUUGUUCCUAUUUAAUUUAUUUGUUCCCAUUUAAUUUAUUUGUUCCUAUUUAAUUUACUAACUUCAUCUCCAUUUUAUUAUGUAUUUUCUUUUUCUAA